CCCACCCACCUCACUGCCCACAACAACCUCAAAACCCCAGCUUCAGAAAAAUCCGGCCGUUGCAUCAGAUUUCCGUCCAUCGAGAGUCUACUUUCUGGUAUCUCAUCUGGGUUUUCCGGCGAAGGUAGAUAGCAAUAAAGAGUGUAUUUUUAUAAGUAAAGUCUGCUGGAUGAAAUGGGUUUUCUGCAUAUUGAUGUAUACAAGAGUAGAUGUCAAUCAAAAUAAGUUUCUUGGUAUCUAUUCUAAGCUAGCUUCCUCAUUGUGGUGACCUGCCUGUUUGUUUUUUCUAUGAUCAUGGAUGACAUGUGUUGCUUGUCCUGGGCACUUCACCUGCCUGGUCUCUGUUGAAUUGUAAUUGGAAGAGUUCUCAUCAAGAAAGAAGCCGCGUUUCAAGUUUCAACUGGAUUUCUCUUAGGGUUGAGAAUAACUGUUUUUGUCAUGAAAAUAUUCAAGCAUAUAAUUGCCGGUACUAAACAUGGUUUUAAAGGAGUUGAUAAGCUGAACAUUUCUAGAGCGACGGGUUUUUCUUCUCUUCACACACCGGCCGAUCCCUCGGUGGAGGUUCAUUCACCCGAACACGAAGUAGUGAUUGCUUUGGGCAGCAAUGUGGGUAACAGACUUCACAAUUUCAAUGAAGCUCUUUCCUUAAUGAAGAAAUGGGGCAUCCGCAUCAUUAGACAUGGUUGCUUGUACGAGACUGAGCCCGCCUACGUGACUGAUCAGCCCUUAUUUCUCAAUUCUGCUGUUAGAGCUAUUACAAAACUUGGGCCCCAUGAAUUGCUGAGAGUACUCAAGCAAAUCGAGAAGGAUUUGGGUCGAACGGAUGGUAUAAGAUAUGGUCCACGACCGAUGGAUUUAGAUAUUUUGUUCUAUGGGAAGUUCAAGAUCAACUCAGAGACUCUUUGUGUCCCACAUGAAUGCAUAUGGGAAAGAUCGUUCGUGAUGGCUCCUCUCGUAGAUCUUUUGGGGUCCACCAUAGAUAAUGAUACUGCUGCGAGCUGGCAUUCUUUUACUGAACAAAAUGGCGGGAUCUUUGGCUUAUGGGAGAAGCUUGGGGGUGAGUCCCUAGUCAGGAGAGAAGGGCUAAGACGGGUUUUACCAGUCAGCGGUCGCUUGGUGGACUGGUCGCAGAAAACCCAUGUCAUGGGUGUCCUCAAUCUGACACCUGAUAGUUUCAGCGACGGGGGAAAGUUUCAGUUGGUAGAAGCUGCAGUUUCUCAGGUCAAGUUGUUGAUCUCAGAAGGAGUGGACAUUAUCGAUAUUGGUGCACAAUCAACUAGGCCCGCAGCAUCUAGGAUUUCUCCAGAAGAAGAAUUGAAUAGACUAGUUCCCAUUUUAGAGGCUGUUCUUCAGAUUCCUGGCAUUGAAGGAAAGCUCUUGUCCGUCGAUACUUUCUACUCAGAAGUUGCAAAAGAGGCAGUGAGUAAAGGGGCCCACAUUGUCAAUGACAUUUCUGGUGGGCAUUUAGAUCCUGACAUGCUUAAGACAGUUGCGGGACUCGGGGUCCCUUAUGUUGCAAUGCACAUGCGUGGGGACCCAUCGACGAUGCAAAAUACUGAGAAUUUGAUCUACGAAGAUGUGUGCAAGCGAGUAGCUUCUGAGUUAUAUGAGCGGGUGCGGGAUGCUGAACUGUCGGGUGUCCCUGCUUGGAGGAUUAUCAUCGAUCCCGGGAUUGGAUUUUCGAAGAAAACCGAACACAACUUGGAAAUUCUCAUGGGAUUACCAGCAAUCCGAAGAGAGCUUGCUUCAAAGAGCUUUGCUGCUUCUCAUGCACCCAUGUUGAUCGGGCCAUCGAGGAAGGGGUUUUUGGGUGAGAUCUGUGAUCGACCAGAUGCUUUGGAGAGAGAUCCUGCUACCGUCGCAGCCGUUGCGGCUGGGAUUUUGGCUGGCGCUAACAUCAUCAGGGUGCAUAAUGUCAAGGAUAAUUUGGAUGCUGCAAGGGUCUGUGAUGCAUUGUUGAAGCAGAGAAAAACUCAUUGAUGAUUUGGUAAGCAAUUGUCUUAUGCCUCAUGACAUGGUCCAUGGCCUGGGAAUAUGCAGAAGUGUUCUCAGGUUCAGCGUUCCAGAUCAUUUGAUCUGUUGGGACCCACCGUGGAAUGGAUGGACCAUGUCUAAAAGAUCUCCUCGAUUGGAAGAUCCCAGCCACCAAUAUUGUGCCCUUUUUCAGUUGAAUGUGGUCCUUACUCCUUUGUUGUAUCUUCACCAUCCAUGUGCAGGUGACAAAUUGAAAACGUUUGGAUUGUUCUAUCCAAAGGGCUGCAGGGCAUGGUCCAUCAACAUUGAGGCCCACCAACCAAUGGCCUGGAUCACCAAACCGUGAUCCCACUUGUACAUACUGGAAACCCUAGUAUUUAUGGAUCGUAUAAUUCCUCA